AUGUCGCUCGUCGUCCCCGAAGCUCACGUGCAGUUCCAGCACAUCUUGCGUCUGCUGAACACCAACGUGGACGGCAAGCGCAAGAUCAUGUACGCCCUGACCGAGAUCAAGGGUGUCGGUCGUCGCUACGCCAACCUCGUCUGCAAGAAGGCCGACGUCGACCUGACCAAGCGCGCCGGUGAGCUCAACCCGGACGAGCUUGAGCGCAUCGUCACCAUCAUGCAAAACCCGGGCCAGUUCAAGAUCCCGAACUGGUUCGUCAACAGGCAGAAGGACAUCGUCGACGGCAAGUACGGCCACCUCCUGUCCAACCAGCUUGACUCGAAGAUGCGUGAGGACCUCGAGCGCCUCAAGAAGAUCCGCAACCACCGCGGUCUUCGCACGUACUGGGGCCUCCGUGUCCGUGGCCAGCACACGAAGACGACUGGUCGCCGCGGCAAGACGGUU